AUGCUGCUGCAGGUCGUUAUCCCAGAUGCAGACCAAAACACGCUAGAUCUUGACCUUACUUUCCCAUUCUUUUACACAGGCGAGGAAUUACCAGAAGAUCCGCCCAAAGUCAAAGUGCGAAUACGGCAGCCUUCAUGGCUGAGCAAGGCAGCUACAGCCGAUUUAAUGACGGACUUGCCCGAGGACGAAGACCUGCUGGGCACCAUCGAGCACAUCAAGGAGGCCGCCGCGCGACAGCUCGCGCAAACUUUGCUCGUCACUACCACCUCGGCUUCACAGCAUGUAUCUAGUACAGGCCCGCUUGUGCGCGUAUGGUUUUACUUUCCCUCCAUCUCUACCCGCUCGAAGCGCGACGACUUCAUUAUCCAUGCGCCAUCAUAUCAGCUCACUGGGUUUCUUUACGCCGGAAAGCCCGGGCUCCUCUGUGUGGAAGGCGCCUCUCAAAGUAUCGACGACUACAUGAAGUUCAUCAAGACAGAGAGUUGGGGCGAUAUUCCAGCGCACCAUAAGAAAGUCAGCGAGCGGUAUCGCGAGACAAAGGAUGUGAAAAGAGCGUUUGAAGACAUGACGGAAAUCACAGAUAUGGUCGGUGAGAGGAGAGGACAAAGGGCGAAUAGAGGCGAUAUGAAAGCUAUGGAAGAGUGGCUUAUUGAGAGAGGGUUGGGGGAAGCUUUCGCAAAGGUGCUGAUGUGA